CACACACCGUGCUAUAGCCCCCUCUUCUCUCUCACAAACAACCGUUUUGUAUGGUUGACGACACCACUCACUCUCUCUCUCUCUCACACCAAUUUUUCGUUUCUCUCUCUAAAAAAAAAAAAAAAAAAAUAAAACACCCAAAAAAAAAAAACGAUUAUAGCAAAAGAAAAUUGUUACAAUUAUUAACCACAAAGAAUUUUCACAUUUUUUUUGGUUUUUCAAUCUCUUCCACGCACAGGGUUUUUUUCUGUGCGGCUAGAAAUUCUAACGGCUUAAGGUACUGGUGUUCGUGGUUGAGUUUGAAUUUGGAGAGGGUUUGUGGGUGAUAAGUGAUAACGAGGUUAGGGUUUUGAUUCGGGGCUUGCAUUGUGUUGGGUCUCGGUUAUAAUUUAGUUUUAGUGAGAUACUAUUAUUUGAUUGAAUUUUUUUAGUGGCGUAAUGAGUUUGCGUUAGGUUUUGUUUUUUUUUGGGAUAGAUUUGGUUGAAUUUUGAGAUGGGUUCGUAUGAAGAUGUGAACUUGGAUGUAAUUGAGGAACCUUUAUCAGUUAUUGAGCAGAAUUUGAGCUUCUCAGUUUCGGUGCAAUCGGGAUUUGAGGAGCAGGCGUGUUUGGAGGCAGCUUGCAGAGUGUUUGAGUCUAAUGUGGAGCUUGCAAGUGCUCCGGAUGGGUUUCUGGGUUCGUCUGAGGUUGAUGACACUUUUCGUGUGAGCUCUGUUGAGGCUACAGAGGAGGGUAUGAAGGUGUUGUAUGUUAAUAAAGAUGAUUUAGUGGGUGAGGGAGAGAAUGUGGGUGAUUUGAUGCUGGAGAAAGUGCCGGGAAAUGAAUGUGGGAUCAGUGGGGACUGUUUGGAUGAGAUUCUGUGUCUGGGUGAUGUUUGUAGUUUGGAAAAUGGCGGAUUGUGCUUGGAGAAAGAAGGGUCUCAAGGUGAGGGUGAUUAUGAAAAGCCAUUGGAAUCUUCACCUCUGACUGAUAUACGGAGGAACUGUGUUCAAAUGGAUGAGAUGGAUGAUAAGUGUGUCAGCAGUUCAUCUGCAGAAAGGGUCACUGAGGUUAAAACUGAUCAGAGUGGUGUUUUAGAUGGGGCGGAGACUGAUAUUCAUAGCCUAAUAUCUUCUUCACAGGGUUGUGAAAUUCCUUCGGAUUUAGUACCGAAGUCUGGUUUGCCUAAUAAUCAUACCCAGCAGAAUGAGCAGGAGGACACUAAGAGUGUAGGUGGUCUUUCUUCGGAGGUUAUGUAUGGGAAAAGAGCUUCUUCAGCAGAGACAGAAACUAUUUUUUGCAACCCGAUUUUACCAUCAGGUGACUUGGUGAGUAACGGUGAUUGGCACAGUGAUCAGAAGGAUGAAAAGAAAGUCAGUGAUCUCUCUGCAGAAACGGUUACAGAGAUUCUUGAAACAAAUAAUGAUGUUGAUACGUGCACCCAAGCAUCAACUUCAUGGGGUUGCCAAAAUGACUUGGAGAAUUUGCAUAAGGCUGAAUCACCGAGUAUCUGUGCAAAACAGAAUGAGCAGAGUGGUGUUUUAGAUGGGGUGGAGACUGAUAUUCAUAACCUAAUAUCUUCUUCACGGGGUUGUGAAAUGCCUUCGGAUUUAGUAGCGAAGACUGGUUUGCCUGAUAAUCAUACCCAGCAGAACGAGCAGGAGGACACUAAGAGCGUAGGUGGUCUUUCUUUGGAGGUUAUGGAUGGGAAAAGAGAUUCUUCAGCAGAGACAGAAACUGCCUUUUGCAAACCCGUUUUACCUUCAGGUGACUUGGUGAGUAAUGGUGGCUGGCACAGUGAUCAGAAGGUUGAAAAGACUGUCUGUGAUCUCUCUGAAGAAACAUUUACAGAGAUUCUUGAAACCAAAAACGAUGUUGAUACGUGCACCCAAGCAUCAACUUCAUGGGGUUGCCAAAGUGACUCAGAGAAUUUGCAUAAGGCUGAAUCUCUGAGUAUCUGUGCAAAACAGAAUGAGCAGAAGGAUGGUGAGGGUGUUGAUGGUCCGUGUGUAGAAAGGGUUUCAAAUUUUGUGCAAGAUAAAGGUGAUAUUAUUACUGUUGUAAGUGUUGAAUUUGACACCCAUACAUUACCUUUAGAAGAAAAUUCCUGCAAGUCUGAGGAAGGUGAUACCUGUAAUUUUGAGAAAUCAGUUUCUCCUCAAUCGUGUCAACCCUUUGGUAUUGUCAAUCAUAGUACUUCUAAGGAUACCCCAGAUCAGGAUGCUAUUGGUUCUAUUAAUUCUAGUAGUGUGGUGGAAAGUUCUGGACAUACUGAUAAUGAAGGAAAAGGUAAUGUCAGAGUUGGUUGUAUUUCUGAAACCAAAUGUCCUGAAGUUGCGUCCUCUUCUUCUCGAAGGAAUAACCAGAGAAGUAAAUCAAGACAGAAAACUUGUAGAAAAAGGGCUGCGAAGAAAUGCAAGAAUGCAGCCAAUGUACCACACCCACAUGAAAGUAUUGGAAUUGUUUUGAAGGUUGGAAGAAGGAAAAGAAGCUGUCUGUCAAAACCAGCUCGUUCUUCUAUGUGGGGAUUGUUGGGGCAUAUUACGCAAUUUCUUGAACAGGGCAACAUGCUUGAUGGGGUCAAUCAAUUUCAUAAUCAAGGAUUGGGAAAAGCAAGGCGUGGCCAAGGAAGCAGAAAGCAGAAAAAGAUUCGGGGAAGUGGAAACUCAGGAGGGUCAAGGGGAAAUCGUUGUGCUUCAACUGGUCUUAUUCGUUUGAAGGUUAAAGUGGGGAAAGUAGCUGGUGAAAGUUGUCUGAGCACUAUGGUUCCAGAGGUUGUUAAUACGUUAGCAUCUGCUGAUGCUACUACCAGUGAUGAUCAGACUGAGAUGCAUUCUGGAUCUGGUUUAGAACUAUCAAAGUUAGCUAAUGGUGUAGAAGCUAAAUCAAGGGAAGAUGAGACAGGAUUGCACCUCCAGUGUUUCAGCAAGCUCCCAGAGAAGGCAAAAACAUUGCCAGAUGGUUUUAUUAUGGAUGGACAACUUGCAACUUCGGGCUCUGAGAAUACCAACAUAUUAGAUAAGACAGCUGGAGAUGCAGACAAUUAUCUUGAGGUUCCCUCACAUGUAGUGGUUGAAGCAUUGGGAGGGGAAAUUGAUAGUAAGUGUACAAAUCCUGGAACUUCACCUGAUUCGGAAGUGAUCAAUUUAAUUCCAGAUGUCCAAGUCGCUGCAAGACAUCAAGCAGAUUUGCAUGAUGCUGUUUUGACUACCUCCAAAGAUGUUGCUGCUCGAAGACGUCGAACCAGCAGUAAGAGGGGAAAGAAGGAUAGGCUUCCUCGUUCACAUAAUUCUGUUCUGGAAGAUGGAUCACAGGGUCCAGUUAGUAUGAAUGAAGCUAAACCAUCAAAGAAACAUGGGUGCAGACAAGAUAUAAGUAAUGGGUCCAAAGCCUCUAAAUCAGCAAGCAAAAGAGGGAAUGUACAAAGACAGAGGGAGAAGCAACGGAAGUCUGUUAAUAAUUGCAAAGUCAAGGAUAAGGAUGCUUGUAAUCAGAUUGUGUGCAAAGUGGAAACUCAGCCAGAAAGUGGAAGUCAGAAAGUUGAUGGCAUUGGAGAAGCCAACACUGGUGAUGAUACUGCAGUCACUAACAAAUCUGACUUGGAAAUGGUGCGAGGUGGUCUAGAGGAGCAGCUUUUGCCCCCAAGAAAGGCCUGGGUGCUGUGUGAUGAUUGUCAUAAAUGGCGUCGUAUACCAGCUGUGCUUGCAGAUUUUAUUGAAAAAACAAAUUGCACAUGGACCUGUAAGGACAACUUGGAUAAAGCCUUUGCUGCUUGCUCAAUACCCCAAGAGAAGUCAAAUGCAGAGAUUAAUGUGGAGUUGGAUAUAUCUGAUGCCUCUGGUGAAGAAGAUGCUUGUGGUGCCCGUUUAAAUUUUAAGGGAUUGGAUUGUAGGCGUUCAAUAGGUUACCAAGAUUCAACUUUUAAAUGUAUUUCUACUAAUGAGUUUCUGCAUCGUAAGCGUAGAAGUCAGACUAUCGAUGAGAUAAUGGUUUGCAGUUGCAAGCCACCUUCAAAAAGCCAGUUGGGUUGUGGAGAAGGAUGCCUGAACCGGAUGCUUAGCAUUGAAUGUGUCCAAGGCGCCUGCCCAUGUGGGGACUUAUGUUCUAAUCAACAGUUUCAGAAACAGAAGUAUGCCAACCUGGAGUGGUUUCGAUGUGGGAAGAAAGGUUAUGGGCUAAAGUUGCUUGAGGAUAUAUCCGAAGGGAAGUUUCUUAUUGAAUAUGUUGGAGAGGUGCUUAAUAUGCAAGCUUAUGAGGCAAGACAAAAAGAGUACGCUUUGAAGGGCCAUAGACAUUUCUAUUUCAUGACAUUGAAUGGCAGUGAGGUAAUAGAUGCAUGUGCAAAAGGAAAUUUGGGCCGUUUCAUUAACCAUAGUUGUGAUCCUAAUUGCCGUACGGAAAAGUGGAUUGUCAAUGGGGAAAUUUGUAUUGGACUAUUUGCAUUAAGGAAUAUUAAGAAGGGUGAAGAGUUGACAUUUGAUUACAACUAUGUCAGGGUGUUUGGGGCUGCUGCCAAGAAAUGUUAUUGUGGUGCAUCUCAAUGUCGGGGUUAUAUAGGUGGCGAUUUGCUUAAUACUGAAGUAAUUGUUCAAGGUGAUUCAGAUGAAGAAUUUCCUGAACCUGUUAUGGUUCCUGAAGGUGGUAAAGGUAGAAAUGGUUUGGUCUAUAUGAUGCCUAGGGCAAUUCCCUCUGAUAGUGCUGAAAUUAAAGCUGCGAAGGGUAUAUUAAAAGAUAGAAAUGGAUUAGAUGAAGCCACAGCUGUUGUUGAGCAAUUGAAGAGUACCAUAGAGAAAGAGGAGCCUAUGAACCAAUCUGCUAAUUCCCAAUUACUCAGCUCACUGGAAUUGGAGGACUCCAAGGGAAAUUCACCAUCUUUUGUUCAACCAGUAGAACUGUCCCAUCAAACAGAAGAUGUAACAUGCAAACAUUUGCCUGCUGUUCUGCAAGAGACUUCCAUAGAAGAGGAGACUGUGAACAAAACCUCAUUCAAUGGUGAUAGAUUAGAGAUAAUUUCUCCAACUAUGCUUGGCAAAUCGUUAGGUCAUGGUGUUGAUGCUACUAGGAAGUCCAAAUUUGAGACUGUUGAAGACAAGAGGGUUUCUGUAAAAUCACAUUCUCUGAUGAAAGGUUCUCGUACAUCUAGUUCUGUCAAAAAGGAAAAAGUGAGAAGUAGUCCCCUGAAUACUAACCAAGUUCAGGUGACGCCAAACAAAUCUCAGGUGCUGUCUAUUAAAUCAAAAAAAUUACUGGAAGGUUCUUCAAAUGGCCGUUCUGAAGCAGUUGAAGAGAAACUUAAUGAGUUACUAGAUACUGAUGGGGGGAUUAGCAAGCGAAAGGAUGCCCCGAAAGGCUACUUGAAGCUUCUGCUUCUCACUGCAGCAUCAGGUGAUAGUGGCAAUGGUGAAGCAAUUCAGAGCAAUCGAGAUCUUUCAAUGAUCCUUGAUGCACUUCUGAAAACAAAAUCACGAGCUGUAUUGAUUGAUAUAAUUAACAAAAAUGGUUUGCGGAUGCUGCACAACAUAAUGAAGCAGUACAGAAGGGACUUCAAAAAGAUUCCUAUCCUCCGGAAGCUUCUUAAGGUCUUAGAGUAUUUGGCAAUGAGGGAGAUACUAACACCAGAACAUAUUAAUGGAGGUCCUCCUUGUCCUGGAAUGGAGAGCUUUAGGGCAUCAAUACUGUCAUUUACGGAGCAUGAUGACAAACAGGUUCAUCAAAUUGCACGGAACUUCCGAGAUAAGUGGAUUCCUAGACCUGUCAGAAAACUUGGCUACUUGGACAGGGAUGAUGGUAGGAUGGAGAGUCGCAGGGGUUCAAACUGCAAUAGGUCUUCAGCACAACCUGGGUAUUGGCAUGAUCAGCAUGUAAGACCUACAGAAGCAAUUGAUUGUGUGAAGCAAGCAAUGGUUGCAACAACCUCAGGUGAUACUGGUCUCCAGGAGGGCUGUUUUUCUCCUUGUGUUGGUAGUUGCCCUGCUAAGGAGACAAAGCCUCGUAAACGUAAAAGCAGAUGGGAUCAGCCAGCAGAGACAAACCCAGAUUCAAGAUCUUCUGAGCGGAAGGAACAGAAGAUUGAGUCUACAUUGCUACAGCAAUGUGAAUCCAGGCCAUCACAAGGGGGUGUUGAAGUGGCAGUGGAUCAUAUAGACAGUGUAAGCAGAAAGAACAGGAAUUGCCCUGGUUGUGUUCAAAAUCAGUGUCAGCAUGAUGAAGCUACUGGAGCUGACAAUGAAAGGCAGAACAUCCCUGAGGAUGUCCCACCUGGGUUUUCAUCUCCCCGAGCUCUGGGUACAUUGAAUGCUUCUUCAACUGUUAUUGAUCUCCAUCAACAAAAUGCUUGCCAUACCAGGUGUCCUGAUGAUGCAAUUAUUGGGCAGCCACAGGAGAAAUUCAUUUCUCGCUUGCCUGUCUCUUAUGGAAUUCCGUUGUCAAUUGUACAGCACUAUGGCACACCCCAGGAAGAAAGUGCAGAGUGUUGGGUUAUUGCUCCUGGCAUGCCUUUCUAUCCUUUUCCUCCAUUGCCUCAAUUUCCCCGGGAUCAGAAAGACCAUGCACCUUUGCAUUCUCUUAAUCCUUUGACAAUUAAUCAACCUGCAGAAGAAGAACGUAGGGACAGCAACUGCCCUGCCUCUUAUGCAGAUGAUACCACUCCAUGUGCAAAUAGCCAACAGACAUUUAAGCGAGCGAGGGAUUCCUCAUAUGACUUGGGAAGGAGGUAUUUCAGGCAGCAGAAGUGGAAUAAUACAAAAUUAGGGCCCCCAUGGAUUCGGAAGAGGAAUGGUUGGGAACACAUGGGAGACAACUCAAGAGGUGAGACAUGCAGCAUAGGAAUAGAGAAUGUAGAAAAUGAGCCGAAAAAUUCAUAUUUAUCAGAGGAUGUAGGCUGUAGAGUGGAAAAAGCUGGAAAUUUUUUUUAUCAGCAUUCCCAGCACCAAGACCAUCACUGAUUUAUAGGACAAACUCUGAAGAGCUACUGGAUUUCUUCUACAUUCUUUGUUUCCCAGAUUAUAACUAAUGAAAAUUUCAUUCAAUUUCAGAUUUCCAGUUGUCUUAGUCAAGUUCUUAUACCAUACUCAGGGGAAAGAGUUACUCCUAAUUUGGCAAUGUGCUCUCAAGAAAUAUUGAGCCAUCAGUCGCCUCAAAGAGGUAGUCAUUCUUGUCUAUGUAUCAUUCUCAUAGAAAUUAAAAGGCUUAUGAAUGUGUUAAAAGAUCUGUGGAAUAAGGGACAUAUAAUCGAUUCUUUGGUGCCAUCAAUCAAGUUAUGCUUUUUCUUCAUUUUUUCCCCAUUGUGAUGUACAUGAUUGAAGGUGGAAUUGUUUUAAUUAUUCUUCCAUUUUAUUAUCUUGGAAGACAUUGUUCCCCAACAUUCCCACCA